AAUACAUUGAUAUCUAAGUAAGUAAUAGUCAUGGCUAAGUUUUCUACCACCAUUACCCUUAUCUUGGCUGCUCUUGUUCUCUUUACUGAUUUUGAAACACCGGUAAUUGUGAAAGCAGAGCUUUGCAAAAGGGAAAGUGAGACAUGGUCAGGACGUUGUGUAAACGAUUAUCAGUGUAGAGAUCAUUGCAUUAACAAUGAUAGAGGAAAUGAUGGAUAUUGCGCUGGUGGCUACCCAUGGUACAGAGGAUGUUUCUGUUUCUUCUCUUGCUAAUAUACCAAAAGCUAUUUGUUGCUCGUGUGUUUGUUUUACAUAAAAUAAGUCUGCUUCACUCCAUGGAGUGACCUUAUGACAUGCCUAUGUGUUUCAGCACUCGAAUAAAGCUUAGUUACUUAA